GCCAUUCUGACAGGUCUCACACUCAACAGAUUAGUGAGGCAUGUGUUUGGUCAAAGAUUAGUUGAGUCAACCGAAUAUAUCGACAUUUGCAUACUUGUAUCCAUUGGCUUUUGUUGUCAAACGGAUAUUCAUUGUGAUUGUGCACGGCUGGACGCACUGUGCCAGAAUGGACUGCGGAUUCAACAUUAACCAUGUGCUGCCGGAUGAAAUGACCAUCGUUGAUGCCGAUGCUGACUUCUGGAAAAACACAUCCGUCGGUGGCGGCAGAGAAUUCCUGCGCCAGGAGAUCACAACCAUUAUCGAUCGAAUUGGCGAAGCAUCCGCGCAGAACCAAGGUCUUUUGUCACCCAUCACCAGCAGCGCCAAACUGCGCGCGUCCAGUCACAGGCUAUAUAUCAUGAAGGAUGCGAAUGCCCAUCAAUAUCGCGGUGGCGUUAUUGGUUACGUCAAGGUGGCCCGGAAGCAGCUAGUCAUAUUCGAUAGUAAAGGUCAACGUAAACAGUACGAGCCGGUGUGUGUGCUGGACUUCUUUGUUGACCCCGGCUAUCAGCGUCAAGGUUACGGGACAAAGAUCUUCAAAUACAUGAUGCAGCGCGAACACGUCGCCUCGGCUGCUGACCUGGCCAUCGACCGUCCCGGCGCUAAAUGCCUGUCGUUUUUGGCCAGAAAGUACGGCCUCACUGACACCGUCAAACAACCGUCGCAUUUUGUCGUAUUUAAGGAGUUCUUCACCAACAAUGCGGGCACUGAUCUCGAGACGGUGUUACAGAACGGACAUAGCAUGCAAAACGGACACCAAAACGGAACAGCACAGAAUGGUUAUAAAAACGGAAUGAGCAGCGCCGCGGACGCUGCCGGUCCAAACGGCAUGGAACCAACUUCCAACGGCUGGCAGACCGUUUCCAACACCAACGGCUACCAGAACGGCAAUGGUAUGCAAUACGACAACGGCGAGAUGGGGAAGGAUCGUGCUGCCGGGAUGGCCAGCUACCCGUUGGCCAACGGGAAGCGGGAUGAUAUCGGAUUAGCCGGAGCGCUGCGCCCCACCAAGGGGCCAAAUCUGCACUAUGUGCACUCGCAGUUGUGGUGACCUAAUUCCAACAGGAUAAUCACGGGCUAAUUAUAUCCGGCUUUGUGUGGCAGUGUGUCAGUUUCUCUUAUAGUUGCAAUAGUCAUUGACGAGUCCCCAAUACUGUAUCACUUGCCGUUGGUAAUCUGUCUGCAAUACGUAUUGUGCCAUACCUUUCUUAGUUAUCUACUUAAUACUUACUAACUUUCUAUCACUGAAAAUAUUUCUUUCAUUGUUGUUUUUGAUACAUCUUUUUGAAUGGAUGUACUUAUGCCGUUCUAUACCUGCACACGAUAUUUUCUUGACACUAUACUCGUAUUCAUGUUCUAAUUAUUCUUAUUCAUUGUGCACCGCAUUAUAAUUUUAGUCUGUAUAGAAUAUUACCGUUAUUACAAUCUACAUCAUCGUUUUAGUUGUACUGUUGUACAUGAGUAUAAGUACCUCCAGCCUGAUCAAUAAAAUUAAUG